CGCUGUGUCCCGGCGUCCAAGCUCGCUGUUGUGCAAGCAGGGAGUGUCUUGUCUAAACCAGAAAAGCGAGCAGCUCAUUAAAGGUAAGGAGCAGUAAUGCUGCCAGAAUGCACGGAAUGUAACUUGAAGCAAAUGUGGCUGACCUCUUGAUUGCUGGAAGACAACAUAGGUGUUUUGCAACAGGACAGUGUGCAGCAAGCAGAGAUGUGGUAGGUGUCCAAUUAAAAUGAAUGCAAUUCAGAAACUUUUGGCUUGCCAUCUAAGGAAAAGAAAGAUGCCACUAAGGUUUCAAAGCAGCGAUCGGCCAACUGUGCCUCUUGGAUCACGGAUUUUAAUAGACCCAACCAAAGUUUAUGAACACAACAUGUGGGACCACAUGGAAUGGUCACAAGAAGAAGAAGCAACAGCUAGAGAAAAAACAACUGAAAACUCAUCUGUGAAAGUGCAGCUGGAAGACCAAGUGAAAUACGAAAGUCAAGCCAGUAAAUAUUGGAAUAAUUUUUAUAAGAUUCAUAAGAAUAAAUUUUUCAAGGAUCGUAAUUGGCUGUUGAGGGAAUUUCCUGAAAUUCUUCCAGUUGGACUACAAACUAAAGAAGAGAAGGGAAAAAUGUCUUGGGAUCACGUAAAAACUAAUGCUACAGACUUUUUCUCAAAAAUCAACUGCCCAGCCAUGCCUGAAGGAGUGGAGGCUUGUAAAAAUGAUUCUGUUGGUGAUUUUGCCUACAGCCAGAGCGCAAUAAGAUCUGGUGACAGACAGCAUCCUAAAAAGAAGAGAGGAGAGGCUGCAAAGACCAGUUUGUUCAUUGGCAGCCAUGCCACUUUCAGGAUCCUGGAGGUUGGCUGUGGUGCUGGAAAUAGUGUUUUCCCCAUUCUGAAUGCUCUGAAGAAUGCUCCAGAGACCUUUCUUUACUGCUGUGAUUUUGCUUCUGGAGCAGUGGAGCUAGUAAAGUCCCACUCAUCCUACAGCCCAGCCCAGUGCUCUGCCUUUGUUCAUGAUGUGUGUGAUGAUUGCUUAUCCUACCCUUUUCCAGAUGGGAUCCUGGAUGUCAUCCUCUUAGUCUUUGUGCUCUCUUCUAUUCAUCCUGACAGGAUGCAAGGCGUUGUAAACAGAUUGUCCAAGUUAUUGAAACCUGGAGGAAUGUUGUUAUUUCGGGACCAUGGAAGAUAUGAUCUCACUCAACUUCGUUUCAAAAAAGGAUGCUGCUUGUCUGAAAACUUUUAUGUUCGAGGAGAUGGUACCAGGGCAUAUUUCUUUACAAAAGGGGAAGUCCACAAUAUGUUCCAUCAGGCUGGGUUAGAUGAAAAGCAGAACCUGGUUGACCAGCGUUUACAAGUUAAUAGGAAAGAAAAAGUGAAAAUGCAUCGAGUGUGGGUACAGGGCAAGUUUCAGAAACCAUUGCAUUCAUUUCAUCAUAAUGACCCUGACAAUCUCAUUCCUGGGAUUUCUGCUGGUUGAAGAGCAUACUUUCUCUCUGUAUAAAUCAAGAUCACCCCAUCAAAAAUUAUUCCUGAAAGAGCAAUUAGAAGCUAGAAUUGAAUAUCCAUGUCUGACUGUUAUCAUGGAUGAGGCAGACAUACACAUAUUAGGUGAUAUGGAAGGAUCCACCAACAUAUUUGACUUUUUUUUUUAAAUCAAUAAA